AUGCGGUUAGGGAGGAGGAGUAUAGUGGAGAGGUUAACGAAAUGGCGAGAUAAAGCGGAGAAAGAGGAGUUCCCGUAUCCGAGGAACGAGAGUUUUGUUGGGAGGAAGAAGGAGUUAUCAGAGUUAGAGUUUGUUUUGUUUGGAGACGUUGCUGGAGAUUCUGAAAGGGAUUACUUUGAGCUUAAGGCAAGGCCGAGUAGGAGGAAGAAGAAUGUGACGUUAGGGUGGAACAAAAGCGGUUCAGCGGAAGAACGAAGGAAGAAAGGGAAAGAGAAAGUUGUGUGGAAAGAGUCUGAGAAAGAGAUUGAGAUGCAAAGUACUGAGUUGCCUUUAAGGAAUCAAGUUAAAGUUGGCAGGAGCACGAGGAGGAAACGGUCGAUGAAGGUUGUUUACGGGAAAGGUGUUGCUUGUGUCUCGGGCGAGUCAGGGAUUGGCAAAACUGAGCUGCUUCUUGAAUUUGCUUAUAGACAUCACCAGAGGUAUAAGAUGGUUCUUUGGAUAGGAGGUGAGAGCCGUUACAUAAGACAGAACUAUCUAAAUCUUUAUCAGUAUUUGGAAGUUGAUGUUGGGAUAGAGAAUGGUUCGGAUAAAACGCGGAUGAAGAGUUUCGAGGAGCAAGAAGAUGCUGCUGUUUCCAAGAUUAGAAAAGAGCUGAUGAGGAAUAUACCAUUCUUGGUUGUGAUUGAUAACUUGGAGAGUGAAAAAGACUGGUGGGACUCGAAGAUGGUGAUGGAUCUUCUCCCUCGGUUUGGAGGCGGGACUCAUAUCUUGAUAUCUACGAGACUCUCUCAAGUUAUGAAUAUGGAGCCGUUGAAACUGUCUUACCUUUCUGGUGCUGAAGCUAUGUCGUUAAUGCAGGGGAAUGUGAAAGACUAUCCUGUUACGGAAAUGGAUGCAUUGAGAACGAUUGAAGAGAAACUUGGGAGGUUAACGUUGGGAUUAGCUGUUGUGGGAGCUAUAUUGUCUGAGCUUCCUAUAAACCCUAGCCGGCUUUUGGAUACUAUAAAUAGAAUGCCUUUGAGAGAGAUGAUCUGUAGUGGUAGGGAUGGGAGUUUGUUGAGAAGAAACGGGUUUCUGUUGCAGCUGUUUGAAGUGUGUUUUUCGAUCUUUGACCACGCGGAUGGACCGAGAAGUUUGGCUACAAGAAUGGUUGUUGCUAGUGGGUGGUUAGCUCCAGCACCCGUUCCAGCUUCUUUAUUAGCUUUGGCUGCUUAUAAGCUCCCUGAGAAGCACAGAGGUCCUAAGCGACUAUGGAGAAGACUAAGACGAGCUAUAAGCUGCGGUUUUAAGUCUUCGAACUCUAAGAGAUCAGGAACUGAAGCUGCUUCUAUGCUACUUAGAUUCAACAUUGCUCGAACCAGCAGCAUCAAGCUAGGGUUUAUACAAAUCCACGAGCUAGUGAAACUCUAUGCAAGAAAUCGAGUACUGGUCAACGAGAAUGCGCCAGCAAUGGUUCAGGCAGUGAUAAGCCGCGGCUCGACGGUUGAAACAGCAGAGCAGAUCUGGGCGGUAUGUUUCUUGCUGUUUGGUUUCAGCAACGAAGCUCCGACUAUUCAGCUAAAGAUAACAGAGCUGCUGAUUCUUGUGAAGCAAGUAAUCUUGCCUCUAGCGAUCAGAACGUUCAUAACGUUUUCACGGUGCAGCGCAGCUGUGGAGCUACUCAGGGUCUGCACAAACGCUCUUGAAGCAGCUGACCAAACGCUAGUGACGCCUGUGGAGAAGUGGCUAGACAAGUCACUUUGCUGGAGACCAGUUCAGACAAGCGCACAGCUAAACCCUAUUCUAUGGGAAGAACUAGCUCUGGCUCGAGCCACCGUGCUAGAGACUCGGUCUAAGCUGAUGUUACGAGGCGGGCAAUUCGGUUUUGCCGAUGAUUUGAUAAGAAAAGCUAUCUUCAUAAGGACUUCAAUCUCAGGAGAGGAUCAUCCUGGGACUGUGUCUGCUCGAGAGACGUUAAGUAAGUUAACGAGGCUUUUAUCCAAUGUUCAUCAGAUUCAUAACACUUCACCGUAAUAGAAUUUAGGACUUUCUUGUUGUAAAAGUUAAAAAAAGGUUAGAGAGUUUCUUGGUUCUUUUUUAUUAUCAUUAUUUUUAGCCAUAAGAGUUAGAUUUAUACAGAGGAAUCUAGUAAUAAAAAAGCUGUUAUGUAAGAAAUUUGUCAGAGAGUCCUUUUUUUUUUUUACACAGUAAAAUCUCUGAACUUUAACAGGCUCUUCUAAAA